AUGUCGAAGGUCGCGCUAAAUGAAGUUGUGAUAGUGUCAGCGGUUCGAACACCGAUUGGGACCUUCAGGGGUGGUCUAAUGAACUUGACCGCUACUGAACUUGGAGGUAUGGCUGUCACCGCUGCUGUGGAAAGGGCUGGUAUACCGCCAGAUGAAGUGAAAGAGGUUUUCAUAGGCAACGUUUGCUCCGCGUAUGUAAGACAGGCUCCAGCAAGACAAGCGGCUAUUUUUGGUGGUCUUCCACCAAGUACCAUCUGCACGACAGUAAACAAAGUUUGCUCGUCAGGUCUUAAAGCCGUUCUCCUUGCCACACAGGCUCUACAAACUGGAACGCAUGACGUAGUCCUGGCAGGUGGCAUGGAGUCCAUGUCAAAUAUCCCAUUUCACCUUAAACGUGGGGAAACCACGUACGGAGGAGUCCAAUUAGUUGAUGCUAUCCUUCACGACUGUCUGACAGAUGUGUACAACAACAUACACAUGGGCGACUGUGCUGAACACAUCGCUAAAAUAUUCAACAUAUCCCGGCAAGAACAAGAUGACCAUGCCAUUGAGAGUUACAAGAAAGCCGCAGCAGCAUAUCGAGCUAAUGUGUUUAAUAAGGAAUUGAUUCCUGUACCAGUACCCCAGAAGAAUGGUGCACCAGUUUUAGUCACAGCAGACGAGGAAUACACGAGGAUAAACUAUGAUACUUUUAAAAACUUACCGGCAGUGUUUCAAAAGGAAGGUACAAUAACAGCUGGAAACUCGUCUGGUUUAAAUGACGGAGCUGCAGCAGUCAUUAUGAUGACGGAAAAUGCGGCUGAGAAGUAUCAAGUGAAGUCUUUAGCUAAAGUUAUUGGUUAUGCUGACGCUGAACGAGACCCUAUCGAUUUUCCUAUCGCACCUGAAAGAGCUAUAACCAGACUUUUAGAGAAAACUGGUGUAGCGAAAGAAAGUAUUGAUAUGUGGGAGAUUAAUGAGCCAUUUAGUGUAGUGGCUAUAGCAAACCAAAGACUCCUGGGUAUAGAUCCCACUAAAAUUAAUAUUCAUGGUAGUGCAGUUAGUUUGGGGCAUCCGAUAGGCAUGUCUGGCACAAGGUUGGUGGGGCAUCUUUGUCACGGUAUGCAAAAGGGGCAAAAGGGUGUAGCAGUUACAUGUAACGGUGGCGGCGGAGCGACGGCAAUGAUGCUUCAAAAACUGUAG